AUGCUCAUCAGUACGGACGCUUCGCUCUUGAAGACGAUCGUAAAUAUGUGCCGGGAUUGCGCGGAAGUCCACCGAACACUCUGGAAGCGAGUCAAGAGCAAGGGCAAAGACGAGACGCACACGUUCGAGCGCUCGGACGUGACGAUUCAAUGGCAGGUGGCAGACGAGUCGGGUCUUCCCUGCGUCUUGCAGCGAGUGCAAAGUGGCAGUGACGGAGCUGAGUCUUGGGGGCGAAACACGGCGGUCGGUAGUGUCGAAGCCACAGGGAAGUACCGUCCGCUGCCUGUGCGACAGCUAGUCGUGGCUGUCUGGAUGUACCUGCCUCAUGUCGAGGUUGCCCUCACAGAGGAACGCACACCCGUUAGCGACGUCGUCAAGCAGGACUUUUUCGCUGAGAUGGACAGGACAAUGACAGCGUGGAUGAGGAUCUGUUCGAAGAUUGUGGUGACUCGCGCUGAUUGGUGUCCGACAUGCUGUGUCGACGGCUGGCUGGCUGGUGGGUGA